AGGGACCCAACGCCCCAAUGGUAUCACGGACCGUUACCACCAGGGCCAGGGCUAUUUCUGCUCCCGCAGUGUCGACCCCCGCAGUACACCUGGCGAACAGGUACGAGGCCCUGGCAGCAUGGGAGGAGGAAGCAGGGGAGGAUGACUCCAGAGCACCAGAUGUGGCUCCACGCACGGCGCAGACUCAGCGAUGCCGGAACACCCACAGGAAGAGACGCCGGGUCCUCGUCUGGGCAACUCCCUCCUGAGCGGAACGGAGGGACCCACCUGUCGCCCGGAUCCCAUGGCACGUGCGAUUUGCUGCUUGCCUGGAUUCAGGACAUCACGGCCGUGAUCCCAGACCUCAUCCAGCCCUCUGAUCACUACCCCUUGACCCCCAUCCAUAUGGGCACGUAUGACGCUUACAGAGACAGGAGCACAGGUGGUUUUCUCAUCUGUUCUUCUGGUGAGCAGACAUGGAUGGUGCCACAAGGCCUGCAUCAGAGAGGUCAACCGGCAGCUUCGGACCUGGUGUUACCUGGCAGGUUUGGAUUCCUCGACCACGGCUCACACUUCCACACGGGAGACAUGCUAGGGCAGAGCAGGCUAAAUCUUUCCCUGAAAAGUUGGCUGAAGUUCUACGGCGAGCUUUCAACCGAGGUUCGUCGGUGGAUGGGGAUGCAGAGGUACAGGAGGACACUUCGACGUCAAGGCGGAGGAACACCCUUCUCAACACAGCAGCUGAAAGGGAUCUUGGGAGUCAACAUACACUCCAAGAUGAACAUGGGGUGACAGUCAGUAAGGCUAACCGGACCUUGUUGUGCAUGCACAGAUGCAUCUCAGGCAGGUCCAGGGAGGUGAUCCUCCCCUCCGUGCGGCGCUGGUCAGGCCACAGCUGGAGUACUGCGUCCAGUUCUGGGCGCCGCACUUCAGAGGGAUGUGGCUAACCUUGAGAGGGUCCAGAGAAGGGCCACUCACAUGGUGAAGGGGUAGCAGGGCAGGCCCUACUAAGACAGACUAAACGGCCUGAAUCUAUUCAGCCUGCACAAGAGAAGACUGAGAGGAGAUCUGGUGGCCCUCUAUGAACUCACCAGUGGGGACCAGCGGAAAAUAGGUGCAGCUCUGCUCCCCGAGCCCCACCUGGGAUAACAAGGAACAACAGCCACAAAUUGAUUGAGUAGGUUCAGGCUUGAUAUCAGGAGGUCAUGAGCAGAAGACACUUGAAAACCAGGGAGAAGACAACACUUCAGAGCUCACAUGGCUGCAGGGAGAGGCAAGAACCACAGCUUU